UUUCGAGGCUCGACCUUAUGUCUUUUGAGGGAGCCCCGGCGCGCGCGGCGGGUAGGCGGCGGCGGUAGUAGAGAGAGGGGAUGGGCCGGCACGUGGGCGAGCACGCCAAAGAGCGCGCCGAGAACGGCGCGGCCGGUUGGGGAAUAGGGGACGGGAACUUGUUCGAGAGGGCGCGGCCCCGCGUGUCGACGACGCGGCUCGCCCCGGCGCGCCGGCUUUGGCGCGGCGGGGGUCAUGUGGGCGUGGUCGGGGCCGCAAAGCUCGGGUCCGAUCUAGAGGCCACCAACCGGGCAGUUGGUGUCUCCGGCUCAGCCCAUACAAAAGCCGCACUUGCGCGCGGCCGUGAUGCCGUCGUCGAAGGGGAUGGACGCGUCGUCGAGGCCGACGUCGAAGAACGUCGCCUCCUCGGCGUUAACGAUGGUGGCCUCGCGGAGCACGGGCUGCGGCGGCGCCGGCUGGUUCAGGAAGCCGUAGGCCGCCGCCAGGAGCAGGGCUCCUAUGAAAUUCGCCUGCGGGCGGUUUCGCGUCGACGGCCGGGGGGCGGAAAGCCGUUCCAAAAUGUGGGGCGCGGGGUGUGUGGGUCAUAGUCGUCGCGUUGACGGCGUGGGGGGCGGAAGCGGCCCCGCAACCGGGCUAAACAGCCGGACUUCACCGAGCUUGCUUUUUUCACCGCAGCGGGAGCGUACUGGACGGGCGUUUUUGCUGGAGCUGGCCCCGGCACAUCAUGAAGGUGCGAACAAGGACUACGCUGGCUGCGCGCGAGACGCAUGGUGUGCUAUAUCCCAAGCUUUUCAACUAAGAACAGGAGCUAGCG